UCGCUGGCUGGAAUGAACAAGAACGAUGCAUGGCUAUUUUGGUGGACACUCUAUCUCACGGCAGUUUUGGGGGUGUUCCUUGGGAUCUUCUCUCUGAUAAGGUUCCAAGCUGAUUACUGCCUCAUCAUCGGUGUAUGCCUGACUCUCAGUGUUGCAAACAUCAUUGGUUUCACCAAGUGCCGCAAAGAUGCGAAGAAGCAGUUUCAGCAGUUUGCAACCCAGACUAUAGCGUCUCGAGUCUCGUCCACCAUUCAAUCUGCAUUCAGUGUUGUGUGAGAGAUGCUGUGAGCUGAGGGGGAAACUACAAUGCAGGAAGGAGCCAUAGGUAAAGAAAACCGUGGCCACAAUUUUGAGCAAGUAUUGUAGGGGCUAGAAAAAGGAAUUACCACAUCAUUAGAUUGGUUUUUCUUUCUGUUUGUAUCAUCUUUUUUUUAUACAUGUAUUAGCUUGUGGCAUAAUGGAAAGUAAUGUUGGAAGCUGUGUUUUUUACUGAGGGAGUAAACUUUUUGUGGAACU